AUGUUUUUUUACUUCGUCGACCAGGCCCGGCAACUGGCCAACACAUUGGCUUCGGUGGCCAACCCCGGGGCGCCAGCCCAAACAGAGUGCAUGGUAGAAGAAGCUGAGCCCUCCCACAAGCAACGCGCCCUUUUACUUGGGCUCGCCCAAGCAAAGGGGUUCGUAUCAAUGGUUGCCUCUGAAGCGGCCAUCUCGGAUCCGCCUGCGGUGGGUUCGAACGUUAACUGGCAGUUCGCCACGAGAGGGAUGGACCUCGUACUCGUCUCGAGCCACGAAUUUGCGAGUCGCGGGGAUGCCGACCCCGACAUCCAGUUCGAGCGGUCAACCUACAUCAACGGCGCCCAGAACAUCCUCCGCGGAAUCCCGCGCAACCUCACCCCAGACGAAUCGGCCAUGCUGCGCCGGGCCUUGCCGCGCUCGCUCGCCCCGCCCGACACGGGACCCGCCUCCUGGUGGAGAAGACUGAAUGGGCAACCCCAAGAUGCAGCUCCGGCAGCCGGCGGAGCUGGCGGCCGGGACCAGCAGAAUAUGGUACAGAGCCUCCUCGCCAUUGUUCUGUACUGCAUGUACGUCCUUGCUAUGCGGUUCGAGAACCUGGGCAUCAGAAUGCUCGCGGCAGAGCGGCAACACGCCUAUGCCUCGCGACUGCUGCUAGCGACCUUCGACCUCGCGUGCCUCGCUGUUCGGAUGUUGCGCGUGUGCUCUGAAUUUUGGCCCUGCCAGAUUCUGUUCGAGAUGCUGAAGUACUUCGCCAUCGGUGUUUUGGGGGCGUUUGUCGAGGUUUGGGAGAGGGUUGUUGUGGAGGAAGCUGCAAGAGGGGAUGCCAUUACGGAAGACGAAGCAGAAGAGAACGACGAGCCCGUACUUCUGCUCUCCGCCAACCUCCCUCAGCCAUCUAAGACAGUACCUGGCUAG